AAACUGAGAAAAAAAACUCUGGCGCCCAAUUCUUCACGCAGUUGGAUUUGGGUCGGGUCGGUUUAUUCGGGUCUGCUGCUGCUAUCUCUUCCACCAUUCGGCCAUUCGGGCACAAACGUUGCUCCUUCCUGCGAUUGAACAAGCCCUAAUUCGCAAUUUGCUGUAAUUUCGAGGUGUUUCUGUUGACCUGCUGUUCUCCCUCUUGCUGAAUUGUAAAUUUGGGUGCGACUGUGGUACUUGGCAUGGUAGCAGGCAGAGAAAAGAGAAGUGAGUGAACUAGAAGGUGAUUUGAUGCUAUGAGUAGGCUCUCAUUUAGGCCUCGACCCCUUGACAUCAACAAGAAACUCCCGAUUGUAAAAUCUGUUAAGGACUUUGAAGAUGAUGAGGUCCCAACUUCUACCCGCAAUUCCCAGAUUCUCCGACUUGCUGCAGAGGCUGAUACUGAGGUACAGCAUGUGCCUGGUAGGAAAGUUACAUCAGAAAUUCCUAUUCCUGAGUUUGUGAUUGUGGAUACAUAUGAAAGGGAUUAUUCUCGCACCUUUAUCCAAACGACGUCAUACCUGCGUGCCAGGGGAGCCCGCGCUGAAAUUGGAGAUUUUGUUGAGUACGAUCUUGAUAAUGAAGAUGAAGACUGGCUUCAUGACUUCAACAAAGAAAGAAAAACACUAGCUUCAGAAAAAUUAGAGGUAAUUAUUUUCAAGUUGGAGGUUUUAGAUCAUAAAGCUCGCGAAAGAGCAGGAGUUAUUACUCCAACUCUUGGUUCUCCAAUUCCUGUGCUACUAACUUUUGAUGCUGCUGUUGAGGCAUUACAAGAUCUUUCAAUCAAAUAUGGAGUUUUCCAGUCCAUUUAUAAUUAUUGGAAAGAAAAGCGUAUACGUUGGCAGAAGCCGGUCCUUCGACGGUUACAGCCACCUCCACCAGUUAACGAUACCAAUCCAUACAAUGUAUUCCGUCCAAGGGAGAAAGCUCACAGACUUCACACAAGAAGGAUGCAACGGAGGGAAAAUAACGUCCAGUCAUUUGAAAAGCUUCGUCAGGUUAGGCGCAACCUUGACCAGGCAAAGACCAUUUUAGAGGCUCUGAUCAAGAGAGAAGAGAAAAAGCGAGAACUUGUAGAGAGUGAGGUCACUCUCCAAAGAAUUCAAUUGAAAUAUAAGCAUGAAACAGAGCUCCUUGAAGAUUCCAUGGCCUUCCAUGGGUUGCCAUCAUUUCCAAGCAAGGUUCAGUCAAGUGAAGAAGAGUUUUUUGAUUCUGACGAUGUGGCAAACAGUCGUCCACGCGGUCGACCUAUAAUGGUGCAAAAUCCACCCUUCACUGAAUCAAAGCUGGUUACAGUACCUGUAGGAACUGCAAGGCCGGAAGCUAGGAGGCGUUUCAUGCCUCACAGUUGGUUGAAUAAACUGGAUCCGAAUGAGCCGGUAAUGCUGUUCACAAAGCCAGUGCUUCCAGAUAAAUUAGCUGCUGCAGGAAUUUUACCUCCAUCAGAUUCUUCAAUUCCCAAAGAAGCAUUUGCUGGCCAGUUGAACUUUCGUGGACGAAUCGGUAGAGGUGGUAGGAUAAUUUUCGACAGGUGGAAUCCCCUAAUGCAUACUCCAAAUGGCUGUGGGAACAACUUAUAUGCUCCACCUAAACCUCGACAUUCGUCACAUCAAUGAUCCAAGGUAGGCUGAAAAUUUAGGAAUGGCGACAGCAGAACAUGAAAGAUAGUCAGACGAGCCUGGUUCUGGUGCUGGUAAUGCUUCUUAACCUUUUGAUGCCGAUAGGAGUCUGUACUAAUGCUUUUUCGCCAGUCCUUGUAUUACUGUAAUUUUAUGUCGUUAGAGAAACCUCUCUCUGUCUUAGGUUGAGGAUAUGAACUGCAGUAAUGCAGCAUGUUUGUUUGAUAAGGGCAAAAUUAGUGGCUUUUUUUUCUGUCAUCAUCAUACUUCAAUCUGUAAAUGGAAAAUUAUGAAAUCUUAGAAUUUUCGCGAAAACAGCCGUCGUCUGUC